CACCAGCCACAUUCUGUCAGUACCUGUCGCCCUGACUUCACCUAACAUCACCAGCUUGAACAUCUUCCACUUUAGACCUGCCUCCACACACUGAACCGCGGCCCUUCUAAAACAACUCAAACUCCAUCAACAUGUCUUCCGACCGGUUAUUCCGCUUCUCUAAGCCGCAAUGGCUGAACAGCGCCAACACCCGAACGUUUGGCGUUUACGCAGCUGGAGCACUGUUCUCCCUAGGGUUUUUCUUCUUCAUCGAUGCCAGUGUCUGGUCCAAAUCCCCCUACAAUGGUAGCGACGUCCACAUCACCUUUGUCGACUGGAUCCCCUUCAUCUGCUCGGCUCUGGGCAUGCUAGUCAUCAAUAGUAUCGAGAAAUCUCGCCUGUCCGCCGACAGCUUCUCUUAUAGUGGGAAUGGGGUUGCCUGGAAAGCGAGGACGGUCCUUUUCCUCGGCUUUGCUCUAAUGGCCGGAGGUCUGGCCGGCAGCGUCACCGUUAUGGUCCUCAAGUUCUUGUUCAAGGAAUUCCCCAUCACCACCGUCUACAUGGGCGUGGCCAAUGUCGUGGCUAAUGCCCUUGUUAUGCUGAGCAGUGUCGUGCUCUGGGUCAGCCAGAAUAUGGAGGAUGACUACACCUACAAUUUACAGUUAUGAGAAGAGAGACUGGGGUUUGUGGACAAGACGUCCACCACGCGUUUCGCAACACAACCUGCCGCAAGUUUGACUUUGGCAUGAAGAGCAAAAAUGGCAUCAUCAUUGAGCGCUUAAUGGGAAUAACAAAUGUAUCAAUUAAUCAAGAAUACACUGGGUAUCUUUGGUGGGCUCGUUGCACCCAUAGUUGCCUUCCAUAUUAUAGGCAACCGCUUAAACUUCCUGCAACAUAGUGGGGUAGAUUAGGUUCAU